GAAACAAACCGGAACGCGACGCGGACCCGGCAGCGCGCGACAGACACGAGGCCGACGCCAGUGGAUCCCACGCUGCUUCCCAUACUCCAUCUCGCUUCCCACUAGACGGCUCGUUCGCCUCUUCUCCCCCCCUCCAUCUAUGGCGCACUCGCCACGUCGGCUCUCUCUACACCCAUCCGCGCUCAGCGACGCGGAACACGCGCUAUUCACGCACAGCCUCGCAGACCUCACCGACACCCCGUACGCCGUGGCGGAGGAGCCCGAUUGGGACAGUGUGGAGGUAAGCUUGAGGGAAGUCAGGGCAUGGAUCCGAGGGAGGUAUCCCGACUUGGGAACUGGCCUGGUCGAUGAAAUCCUCCGUUUUUUCCCAUCGGGCCCGAUGGUCACAGGCUGCGAGUUUUUCGCGGUGCUUAGACUGGUGCUUCAUGCGCAGACCGGACGCGGUGUGAGUCGCGCUCUGGCGUUCGUGCAAGCUCCGGCCCCAACCCAUUCGAUCGCGACAGCGGCCACAAGUAAUCCCUUCCUCCCGACGCCGGCACCAUCCCCAACCUCUCCACACCAUCCGCUUCAACCCCGGGACACUCGUUCGGGUACCUACUCGUCCGCUUCGUCCAGUUCGUCGCAGUCGUCGACGCAUAGCCGAGGCCAGGCUCACACCACUGGUUCCUCAUUUGCCUCGAACUCGUCGUCGUCCGCCUCUUCGAAUGUGAAACGGUCCCAUGGGCACUCGGUAUCGUUAUCAGCCUUGAGCGCGUUAUCUUCCGGUCAGCCAGCGCGCGCCCCUGGCCGAGGGCCGCCGCCACUCCCCUCACGCGCGACCCAUUCUCCACCUCCCCCAGUUCAUCCACUCCGUCGAUCUCCGAGUAGCAAACUGUCACCGUCGACAUCGACGACAGCUCUGCAUCGCACGCUGACGGCGCCCAACUCGCCCUUCACGUCUGUCUUUGACGUCCCUACUGCGCCUCCCGUCGCCAACGCAACUACCCCUACAUCGACACUGGGGCGAUCGACGUCGAAUCCCUUUCGCGCUCAGACUAAGGCACCGAAACCGCCCUUACCGCCGAGGAGGGCGACCAGCGCGGCCCUGGUCAAUCCGUUUCCUCUACCCAAAAGACCGGUGCAAGAGUCUGCUUCGCCGUUUGACGAUUCCGCGGCUGGAAUCGACGCCGCUGCAUUGCUCCCCAACCACUCUCCGUCUUCCUCCUCGAUCUCCUUCCGCUCCCCGUUCGAUAGUCUCCCCGCGUCGCCCGUCUCGCCCGUCGGGACCUUCGAGGGGCAGCGAUAUCCGCUCGCCCAGCGGCGCCUCGAUCCGCCGCGCAGCGCGCCUCCGAUUCCACCGCCCAGGCGCGACCGGGCGGCCUCGGGAUCAUCAACCGAGAAGAUUGGGGGCUCUAUUCCGCUUGUACUGCCCCGCACGAUACGGCGCACGUUGGCUGGUGCAGGCUGGGUUGGGGCGGAGAAGAGUGAGCGUCAGGGGUUGUUGUGAUCUUUGCUGUUCUCUCUUAUGAUACAUAUGUCAUGAUAUAUGCGGCGUGUCCUUUAUAAGUAGCCAUGGGUUCGUUCUGUAUAUACUGUGAUGCUAUGAAUGCUGGUAAUGCUUGGUGGGCCUUACGAGUUCUAUACUAGAAGUAGUGUAACUGCCUGGGGACGUUCCCGUUCCGACCAGAAUAGCUUCUUCGCCUCCCAUGUCCAUGCCAGCAUAUUUGAUACUUGGCUCUCCUGUGCACGAGACGCAACAUAUAUGCGUCGCAUCGGAACUUCCCGGGUUUCGGAUCUCCUCUUCGGGCUAUCAAGUGCGCCGUUCGAUAUCCUAGUCGGAGCAUGUGAUGAUAUAGACUGCGACGGCAUACUUGCAUGGACCACUGUGGGCAUCCUCCCCGAAUUCCCCUCUCGCCCACAGCCGCAUCAGACUAGAGGGUUUGAGCCCUCCAGAACCCUCCAGAAGAUGACACAGGCGAGUCCUGUCCGGGUUCAUGUGUUCGAUAUAACCUCGACGGAACGACUUCGAUCUUAUCCUUCCAGAGUGAACUUGAAAACAUGCAGCGGUUGAGGAGCUAGACUGUGAUUGUCAUUUCAUUGGUUUUGGGCACAAUCUAGGACGGCUGCUUAUAGCCAACAUGCAAUCUCUACUCAGUGGAUCGGACGGGUUGCUCUCGUCGAUGAGCCCUGUGUGCAUUGACUGUCAAUGACAUUCCGGCACUCUGAACACUUUGCUUGUUCAAUUCGUUCGAAUUUGUGGGGCACGGCGAGAACUUCCUGAAACUUAGUAAUUGGUGUCCACUGUCACUAGUCGUUUCAAGAAUUGCAAGUCGUGUCCACCAUCCUCUCCAGCUCAAAUUAGUCAUGACUGGCGGGAAAUUGGAGGCUUGGCUAGGGAUGAAGUGAUAAAUUUGAUCAGUGCGGACGAUGCGAACGAGAUGCUCAGCGUCCUUCUGUAUGUAUGAACAGCUAUGUUCACUUCAUUGCAGAAUUUACAGUAGUUGAGGCUAGCUCCGUCGAAUCUUGAUGGACAGCGGCUGCGGUCCAGCAUCUGACCGGUAAAUACCUCACUUCUUGAGCCCCAUGGUAUCCUGCGUAUGAUUGAUGCGCAACAUCCAGAUCUGGAUGAGCCUCGCGAAGGGCAGUUACGCUUCAGAUGAUUGCCUCCUGCCAAACCGUGGCCGCAUCAAAGUUACUUGGCCAUGACCCACGAGAAACAGGUCUCCGAUUGUGCGCACGAGCAAACGUGUAUUUCAAUUUUCAAGGCCAUCAGAUUUUUCCAUCAGUUAGACACUCAGAAUAGUUUCGAGGGCGAAGCUCGAGGCAGGGUGG